CAUGGUCCCAGACAGCUAAUAAUCCUAUUUGACAGCAUGAAUAGUUUUUUUUCCCCCUUCUUUGCCUGGUUAUGUGUUCACUCGUGACAUCACUGAGCAACAAAAAGACGCUUGAGCAGAGAAAGAGAGCAGGACUUCAAUGAACUUGGCUGUUGUACGUUAAGCUCCGUGGCUCUCUCCGUCUCUCCCUGUCUCUUUUUUUUUAACAGCCUAAAUUUAUUACUAUUUUAACUUCAUCUCACAAUAAAUCGAAUAGGCUACACCAGUAACGCGUUUUAAUAAUCAGAACACGCUUGUAUGUUUUGGAAGCCAGAUUAAGACUUGUGUACUUUUCAGGGCUUUAAUGAGUGACAGCUGAAAACAUGUUGCACGAAAAGGCGCUCGGUGCUUUGGGACCUUUCCGGUUUCUGCAUAACAGCUGUGCGGCGGUGGCGCGUUCUAAAAUGAAAAACACUCUGUGAAACGGCAAUAACCGACUUUAAAAGGGGGGAAAAACGAGAGAGAAAGCUGCGCGCUUGGAGUUUCAGCAGGACUCCAGGGCUCAUCAGAUGCGUGUUGGAGAGGAGCGGGACGCAGUAGUGGGCUGCGCACUGACUUCAGCUGGACUUUAUCCUCAGAGCCCACUUGGACACACAGCACCUAGCAGAGAACGUCGCGACUUUUUUUUCUUUCCCUCCAUGUGUUAUUUGAGACCCUUUUCUUGCGGAUACUUGUUUUAUCUCGUUGUGGAUGUUUCCGUGGCUGCACCGGAGAGUUUUAGAAGGUGAUCAGAUACUCCGUGAGUGUUUUCCUCAGUUUUGAGGCGCGUUCUUGCUGCGCGUUUCUAUUACAAAGGGAAGAAGUUUCGACGAUGACAGGCUCACAGUUACAGUCUCUGUUUACAUCACUCAGAUCCGAUGAAUUUACGUUACAUACAAUCCAGUUAAGUGAUUAAUGAAGGAUCCACGUCGUUAAAUAAAUAAACAGCUUUAAAAAAUUGAUAAUAAUAAUAAUAAUAAUAAUAAUAAUAAUAAUAAUAGCUAAUAAUGGCCAACUCGAACCGGAGCUGUGGAAGUGCGUGCCGGCUAGUGGCAGUUUGAUCGUGCCGUCUUCUGCGCCUCGUCUCUCCGCUUCGUAGUGAUCAUGGUGCCGGUGUUCGCUUUGCUCAUCGCGCAGCUCUUCUUCGGAGGCUGCACGGGUCUCCUGCCGGAGAUCGGGCGCCGCAAGAACAGCCCUCACCUCUCCCAGGACGCGCUGGACGCUUUCGAGCUUCGUCUGCUCACCAUGUUCGGACUGAAGCAGAGGCCGAGUCCGAGCAAAUCAGCAGUGGUGCCGCAGUACAUGCUGGAUCUGUUCACCACGUAUUCAGCCAACAGUGCCGAGCAAAAGCACCAGAAAGCGAAGAGCACAGUGGGCAGGAGCGCAGACAGAUCCGCUAGUCGGGCGAACACAGUACGAAGCUUCCAUCAUGAUGAAUCUACAGAGGAGCUGUCACGUCACAGUGGAAAGACGACUCAAAGGUUCCUCUUUAAUAUGAGCUCCAUCCCAGGAGAGGAGUUUGUCACAUCAGCAGAGCUGAGGAUUUACAGGGAGCAGGUGAUGACGAACAGUAGCAGCAACAGCAGUGCGGGGUACCAUCGCAUUAACAUCCACGAGAUCAUCAAGCCUGCACUUCCGUUUAAAGAGCCCAUCACAAGACUUCUAGACACCAGACUGGUUCAGCACAGCCUGAGCAAGUGGGAAAGCUUUGAUGUGAGUCCUGCUGUCUUGCGGUGGACCAGGGAGAGUCACACCAACCAUGGCUUUGUGGUGGAGGUGGUUCACCCAGGCGAUGCAGAAGGAGACUACAAGAGACAUGUCAGAGUCAGUAGGUCGCUGCAUGACAGCACAAACUCAUGGCCUCAGAUGAGGCCACUGCUGGUGACGUUCAGCCACGACGGCAAAGGACACGUGCUCCACUCUAGGAAGAAACGGCAAGCGCGAGUCAACAAGCCAAAGAAGAAACACAAAGCCAACUGCAGGAGGCACUCGCUCUAUGUGGACUUCAGCGACGUGGGCUGGAAUGACUGGAUAGUGGCACCACCAGGCUACCAUGCCUUUUACUGCCAAGGAGAGUGUCCUUUCCCUUUGGCAGACCACCUAAACUCCACUAACCAUGCCAUUGUACAGACACUGGUCAACUCGGUGAAUAGUAACAUUCCCAAGGCAUGCUGUGUGCCCACAGACCUGAGCCCCAUUUCCCUGCUCUAUUUAGAUGAGUAUGAGCGAGUGAUCCUGAAAAACUACCAGGACAUGGUGGUGGAAGGCUGUGGGUGCCGCUGAAGCACACAGACACUACAACACAUUUUUGCAAAGACACUUUAUUUCCCAAUACUACCCUUUAUUUAUGCUAAGUAAAGUUUUUUUAAGGAUAAAAACACAUAUUUUGGAAAAAAAUAUAUAAAUCUAUAUUUAUGUCCACUAAUGAGAAAAUAAAUAUUUUAAUUGGAGUUCAACUAAUGUAUUUUAUGAUGUACAUUUCAAUUAGUUUAAAUUCAAUUUACACACAUGAAGUAUACUGUUCAGAUUUUGUAUUUAUUUGUAUUGUAACCACUUUUUAGUGAAUAGGUUAUAUCUAUUUAUGUGUAAUCAGGAAGACAAAAAAUAGAUAGAUUCGUAAAAUGUUAAAACACCUUAGAUGGGUUUAUGUGUCUCCUUUAAUUGCUAGAUUGAAAAAGCAAGACUUGGGCUACUCUGUGCAGAGCUGCCGAAGCCCUAAAGUGUUAAAGAUGUGUUGCAAUUUCAGUUCCAUCCACACUAUAGUGUCAAAUGGAUUACUGAAUAUAUUCAAUAGAACAAAACCAUAUAGAGAAUUGGGCCUUUCUUAAGUAAUAAGCAGUGGUGAAUGUGAAUGCACUUAUUUAGAAGCAAUGUGACAGGUAGUUGACACUGAAUCCUCAGGAACUUUGUUGGUAUGCGUGAGAUUCACACUAUGAGUCUAUGAAAUCUACCUACAAUAUAGCCUUAGACACAAUUGCUAUCUAUGUUCUUUUUGUCCUGAUGCUUUGGUUCCUUAAAGGUUACUUCAUUACCCUGCUAAUAUCUUGUCAAGUCUCCUUAACUGAAUAUGUGUUGCUCACGAGAUGGCAUAAUAAUUAUUCUAAUGCCUCAAUACUGUCAAGAACUCUGUUAUACAAAGGGGGAUGAUGUUGAAGAAGUGAGAUUCUUUGUCAUUUACAUGUCCAAAAAAGUACAUAAUGCAACCCCAUGCUGCUAGACAAAUAUUAUACUACAACAAAUAACCCUCUGUUUUGUUUUUCUCAUUUGGGGCUUUAUACAUGUUAAUGAAAUUGGCCAAACCUCCCAAUGUUCAUUUACUUGAACUCAAAUGUCAAAGUUGUAUGAGGAAAAAAAAAAUAAACAGCUCUUGUCUAGGA